CAGGUUUCUGCGGGCGGCGGGCGGCGGGCGGCGGCGGCGGCGGGGACGCGGCUCGCGGCGGCACCAUGAACCCGCUGUAACGCACAGGCUGCGCGGCGCGGGGGGAGGGGGGUGGAGGAGGCCGCCGCGGCGAAGUUCUCCGCCAUGAACCUGAGGGGCCUCUUCCAGGACUUCAACCCGAGUAAAUUCCUCAUCUAUGCCUGUCUCCUGCUGUUCUCUGUGCUGCUGGCCCUUCGUCUGGAUGGCAUCAUUCAGUGGAGUUACUGGGCUGUUUUUGCUCCAAUAUGGCUGUGGAAGUUGAUGGUCAUUGUUGGAGCCUCAGUUGGAACUGGAGUCUGGGCACGAAAUCCCCAAUAUCGAGCAGAAGGAGAAACAUGUGUGGAGUUUAAAGCCAUGUUAAUUGCAGUGGGCAUCCACUUGCUCCUGUUGAUGUUCGAAGUUCUGGUCUGUGACAGGAUUGAAAGAGGAAGCCAUUUUUGGCUUCUGGUCUUCAUGCCGCUGUUCUUUGUUUCCCCGGUGUCUGUGGCAGCUUGUGUUUGGGGCUUUCGACACGACCGGUCCCUGGAGCUAGAAAUACUGUGUUCUGUCAACAUCCUGCAGUUUAUAUUCAUUGCCUUAAGACUGGACAAGAUCAUCCACUGGCCCUGGCUUGUCGUGUGUGUUCCCCUGUGGAUUCUUAUGUCCUUUCUGUGCCUGGUGGUCCUCUAUUACAUCGUGUGGUCUGUUUUGUUCCUGCGUUCCAUGGAUGUGAUUGCGGAACAGCGAAGGACACACAUAACAAUGGCACUGAGCUGGAUGACCAUUGUCGUUCCUCUCCUUACUUUUGAGAUCCUGUUGGUUCACAAACUGGAUGGCCACAACGCAUUCUCUUGUAUCCCAAUAUUUGUCCCCCUUUGGCUCUCCUUGAUCACUCUGAUGGCAACCACAUUUGGACAGAAGGGAGGAAACCACUGGUGGUUUGGUAUUCGCAAGGAUUUCUGUCAGUUUCUGCUUGAAAUCUUCCCAUUUUUGAGAGAAUAUGGAAACAUUUCCUACGACCUCCAUCAUGAAGAUACUGAGGAAACCGAAGAAACCCCAGUUCCAGAACCUCCUAAAAUUGCUCCAAUGUUUCGGAAGAAGACCAGGGUCGUUAUCACCCAGAGCCCUGGGAAGUAUGUCCUCCCACCUCCCAAACUGAAUAUUGAAAUGCCAGAUUAGACACCACUUCCUUGGACAGAAUGCAAGCGGACCACUGGGACACACGCACGCUGUCUCCUACCCUCCUCUGCCUCUUUGUCGACCCCACCCAGAACUGGAGCCGAGGCCAGGGCUCCGGGAACUUCCAUCUCAUGCCUUGUUUGCACUCAAUGCCUACCAGUGGCUCACCCUGACGGGACGCACACAUGGCAGGUGACUGGUACCCGCGGUGCGGGCUGGGCUAGGGCGCAUGUCAGUGGACGUGGGCGUGAAGGAGGGAGCGUGUGUGAGAAGGGGAAAGCCAUCACCUCUGGGCAGGCGCCUCAGGAGCUGACUUGGAUCUGUUAGGGAUGGCUGCUUAGGCCAGAGAAGGAACUGGUUUUCAAAGUGCUAAAAUUCCUAUUGAAAGUGUUCCUUGAAAAUGGUUUUUUAGACCAGGCCGGCCACACCAUGUAGCUUAGAUUCUCCUGUCGCAGCGUAGUCAGUAGGAACUGUAAAUACGCCUCUGCGGCACCACAAGUGUACCUACACCGUCAUUACUGUUUGUGUUCCUGCUGUGGAAGUCGUUUCUCUUUGGGCAAUGCUGACAGCAGUUUUUAACGGCCCCAUCGGUGAGCCCUUUCCAAUGGAGUGACUCCGUGCCUGUAUAGUAUUUAUACAAAUAUUUUAGCAUUGUAAUAUACCGUGUUAAAUCCUAGUUCUGUACAGUAUAUUCUGUUAAAGUAUUUUUUUACGAGCUUGUAUGGGAGACGUGUGUUCUGUUGCAGAAGCAGAAGCUGCUGGCGCACCUGUCCUGCCCAGGGGGUGUCACCCCUUAACGGGCCAUCAUCAUCACCCCCCUUGAAAUCCUCCACACACACAGUGGCUGCUACUGCCAGAACAGCCACAAUAAGCAAGAAAUGGUUUGUGCUUUUCCUACAUUCUGGGAAUAUGUGCGUGAGCUGAAACUAGAGAAACUGGAAGAAGUUGCUGAAACUGGAAACAGCCACUGGAAUCACGUGUUUGUUAGGGUCUGAGGCCCUUUGUCGGGCCCCCAACAAAAGUCCUUCCGGUCGGCCAGCCGCAUGCUUUCAACUAGGAGUACACUUGCUCCAAGAGCUGCUGGUAGAGCCCUGGGCGAAGCAGAAGAAAGCAGAUCCUCCAGGAUAAGAGCCUUCGGCCUGAGAACAAGUAGCCGUUUGUGAAAGGAGGGAAAAGGAGCACUGGCAUUGUCACGCAGGAGAGGGAAGGGUUAAACGGGGGCAGCUGCUGAUGUCUCUCCGUCAGGCUCAGCCGAAGUCCAGCACACGAGACCGCCUGGAAGCGACGCCCAGCAAGCCUGUUGUCUCUGGGGGGGAGGGGGAACGUUGGGAAUGGCAUAGCCUUUCUUGCUUGCUCUGUGACAAAUGUAGCUCAAUCCACUAUUUUUGCUCCCUGCAGUUGUUCAAUAAACUGGUUCCUCCUUUUC